AUGGAGAAGCCCAGCCCGGGAGGGGGCGCCACGGGGGGCACGUGCACCUCGAGUGCGUCCUGGAUCAUGUUGUUCCGGCCCACCCUGGAGGAGAUGCAGGACUUCUCCAAGUACAUCGAGCACAUGGAGUCCAUGGAGGCACACAAGGCCGGCCUGGACAAGAUCAUCCCACCUAAGGAGUGGAUCCCGCGCAAGGGUGGCUACGACGACAUCGAGAUGGAUAUUCCGUUGCCCAUCUCGCAAGUGGUGUCGCGGGGCCAGGGCCUGUACCGGCAGUGCAACAUCCAGAAAAAGUCCAUCACAGUCAAAGAAUUUCGGCGUGUGGCCCAAAGUGACGUGUCCGCCAUAGUCUCAUCUCGCUUUGGUAGACUGCAGCGCUUCUGGGAUGGGCCCACAUUCCCCAGCCCUUUCUUAGUAGUUUCUAGAGCUACGUAA